AUGGGCGGAGUUAUUGUGGUCUACUUUCUAAUAGUAACGGCUCACGUUUAUUACCGUCAUUAUUUUGCUAACAAGAUUAUUUACGAUGUUAAGCGGGAUAUUGUUCGUAAGAUUUUACAAAUCCAAGGGAAUUGCUCGGAAAAGGAGGCCCUUAAUGUUCUUACUUAUGAUGUACGAAAUUUUGCGGAUAUGGUAAUUUUUGUUCCUAACCAGAUUUUUCUUAUAAUUCUCAGUGCUAUUUUUACUUUUAUCGGUCUUAACAAGGCUCGGGAUAAUGUUUUGGGGUGGGGAAGUGCUUAUUCUCUUCUAAUAGCGUUAACUUGUUUAGUUUUGGACUACUUGCUUUACCAGAAGGAUUUACUAUUUCAAAAACAGUUAGAAAAGCAAACCAAAAAAGAAAAUGUUUUAAUUAAUAAUCAACGAAAUGAUAUUCAAAACAAUUUGAUUAUAAAAGAACCAAUUACAGUUAUUUCUUUUCAAGAAGUAAGUUUCGCUUAUGAACCAAACAACUUGGUUCUGACGAAAAUUAGUUAUCAAUUUCAAAAGGGUCAAUUAAACUAUUUGACGGGUGCUAACGGUUUUGGUAAAAGCACGAUUAUUAGUUUACUUAUCGGAUUAUAUAAGCCUUUUGCGGGAAAGAUAAUCAUUAACCACAAUUACCAACUCAGUGAUUUAAAUCUUAAUGC